UUUCGGCUCAAGGCUUGGUUGCCUAGUGGUCCUGGUUUCACCGCACUAAACCUGACCUGUUCAGGAACUUUUUGUAGGAACGAUGCACUUCGGCCACUUGUGGGCGGCUUUCAGAAUGGACUACUCGACUAACCAGCCCGACGUCCCGCAGUUGCCAACUUCGCUGGUGAGCCCCGUCAAAGCGGCCUGCGACUCCGACGACGCGUCCUCGGAAAGCCCCAAGCGCGUGUCGGAGGCGGCGCUCUUGGUUCAGGGUCCGUCCACCUGCGCGCCCGGGGAAAGUGCGUCGCAGACAGUCUGGACGACUCCACCCAGUACGCCGCGUGUGCGCUCUGGGUUGCCUGCAGCGCCGCCGUCUCCGCAAUUCGGAGAGCCCCGUGCGGAGCCCUUGCUUUUGGCCCUGGAGCGAAACUGCACGAAGCAAGUGCGCCUCGCCAUCGAGGCAGACCCCGAGGCAGCCAAGGAGCCGUUCUGGGACAGCCGCUUCGAGUGGCCGCUCUGCGCCGCGAUCCGCCUCAGGUGCAGCGUGGAGGUGGUCCGGCUGCUGAUCGAGAACGGCGCGGAGGUCGGCGUAGAGAGCGUCGGGGGGCAGUCUCCUCUCCAGCUGCUCAGCACGGGGACGGAGGAUCACCUCAUUGAUUUGAGGCGGAUGUCGAACACUCAGCCGGGCGCCGCCGAGUGGAUCGAGAGCAUGCGCCAGUCCACCGCGCAGUUCGAGCUGGGCGUGGCCACAGCAUUGCUGAACGCGGGCGCAGAUCCAGCGGCGCACCACGGAGACCCUCGGAUGGGAAGUUUCUCGAGCCAGGAGCUUGCACGGCGCUCCGGGAAAGAUCAUUUGACAGAUCUGUACGAAGCCCAUGUCCGUUGCUGAUUGUCUUACCCAAGCCAGCAGGAUGGAUCCCAAAUAAAUAUAAACCAGGGUUUAUAAUGUUCCAGGUUUUCAUUCCUAGAUAAUCAACCACGGUCGACGAGGAUUUCGGAGGUGACCUCCAAGCCAGGCCAUCUCGGGAGCGUGGCGCUCUGGAGCCUGCCUUGAUGGGGCCCUGGAGAUGAUGUGCGGCAUCGAUUGCCCAGGCCUUAGGACCCGACCUGGAACCGCUUGCCUAAUUACAGUUGCUGCAGCCUGUGCCAGGUCGGAUUGCUGGGCCGUGCAUCUCUGCCGCACCCGGCUGCACGUCUUUCUAUUUCGCCUCUCUUGGUCGGGUGCCGAGUCGAGCGGCGGAGGCGUCCCCUCCUCUCGCAUCAGACACUUCUGCGCCGUGCAUGCCUUCUACACCAUGCUGCGGCCUCGAUGCCCCUCUGCGCCAUGCAUGUCUUCGCACUAGCUGUAUGCCUUUGUACUUCGCCCCUUGGUCGGGUGUCGAGUCUAGCGGCGGAGGCGUCCCCUCCUCUCGCAUCAGACACUCCUGCGCCGUGCAUGCCUUCUACACCAUGCCCGGCCUCGAUGCCCCUCUGCGCCAGGCAUGUAUUCCGCACCGGCUGCAUGAAUUUGUAUUUUGCCUCUUGGUCGGGUGUCGAGUCGAGCGGCGGACUCGUCCCCACCUCGGGAAGUCACUCCUGCGCCGUGCAUGUCUUCUGCAUGUCUUUGUAUUUUACGCCUUGGUUCGAGCGGCGGAUUCAUCCCCGCCGACUGCUUGGCUAGAGGGUAGUUAGACUACGGUUCGCGGUGCGGACCAUGGCCGCUUCAUACUUUGGAGUCCGCCCGAGACUGCACGACUCCGAUUGUAAAGACGAUUAGGGGAACACGGCAUUCCCUCACACUUUAACGCUCAGUGGCAUGGACCCUCUUCUCUCAGCUUGAUGCCUUCCUCCCAUCAUGCUCU